ACCUCCCUCACUUCAUUUCCCAAUACUCAAAAAUAACACAACAUCAAGACAAAGCGACAACUUUUGUACUACAUUGUAUCUUGUCUCUUUUUUCUGUUGCAUGGGAGAGCCAAGCUCGAUGGGGAGACACGGUGCAGCAACGUCGAUCUACCGAGGAGUUCGCAAGCGUAAAUGGGGCAAAUGGGUGUCCGAGAUUCGCGAACCGGGAAAGAAGACGAGAAUAUGGUUAGGCAGCUUCGAGACCCCGGAGAUGGCAGCGGCAGCCUACGACGUUGCUGCCUACCAUUUCCGUGGUCGCGACGCACGUCUCAACUUCCCUAAUCUUGUUGACUCUCUUCCCUUACCUCUUGGUUCUUCCUCUGAUGACAUCCGCCUUGCUGCUCAGGAGGGAGCGUUGCGAUUACGAACAACGCCGACCGUUGUGCCUGAGAGAAGUGGAACUGGUGGAUUGGGACUGGCCCCAGUCACAGUGCGGUUGUCGCCAAGCCAAAUUCAGGCGAUUAACGAGUCGCCGUUGGAUUCGCCGAAGAUGUGGAUGCAAAUGUCGUCGGAGAGUUUGGUGAUGGAGGAGUAUUCAAAAGAGGAUGAAAUGUGGGAGAAUAUGCAGAAUGAUUCGCUGUGGGAUCCUUAGGCUUAUUUGGGAAACACUAUUUUUCCUUUUUUUUUAAAAAAAAAAGAAUUGGGUUGUGUGUUAAACUAAGUAUAGUUUGAGUGUAAUUAAUUAAUUGAUUAGAUUAGAUUAGAUUAGAUUAGAUUAGAUUAAGAAAUGUGGAUUAGUUAAGAAGAUUAAUUAAUUAAGACCCCUUGGAAUGGGUCAAAUGAAGGAAAGGGUGGUUUUAUUUUCCCUUUUUUCGAAAUUGAAUGGGAGACAUAAUUGGAGGGAUUAAUUGGGCCCAUCAAUUCCAUUUGUAAAUAAAAUAUUAGAAUAUGAGUGUGUGGUGUGUGCAUUGUCCAAUCACAUUUGUAUCAUCUUAUCCUAAUCAACUUCAUUAUUAUCAUUA